AUGCCGCGGCGGCGCGGCUGCCCGCCGCCCCUCCUGUGCGCGCUGGCCGCCCUCAGCCUGCCGCUGCUGCUGGCCGCCGAGCCCCGCGCCAAAAGUUGCUCCGAAGUGCGGAGGCUCUACGCCGCCAAGGGCUUCAGCCAGAGCGAGGCGCCCAGCCACGAGAUCAGCGGUGACCACUUGAAAGUCUGCUCGCAAGGCUACACAUGCUGCUCCCAAGAAAUGGAGGAGAAGUACAGUCAGCAGAGUAAACACGACUUCAGAAAUGCCGUCGUAGAGCUUAGCAAUCACCUACAAAACAUGUUUAGUUCUCGAUACAAGAAGUUUGAUGAGUUCUUCAAAGAGCUCCUGGAGAACGCAGAGAAGUCUCUGAACGACAUGUUUGUGCGGACGUACGGCCGGCUGUACAUGCAGAACUCGGAGCUCUUCAAGGAUCUCUUCGUGGAGCUCAAGCGCUACUACGUGGGCGGCAACGUCAACCUGGAGGAGAUGCUCAACGAGUUCUGGGCGCGCCUGCUGGAGCGCAUGUUCCGCCUGGUCAACCCCCAGUACCACUUCACGGAUGAGUACCUGGAGUGUGUCAGCAAGUACACAGAGCAGCUGAAGCCCUUCGGGGACGUGCCCAGGAAGCUCAAGCUGCAGGUGACGCGCGCCUUCGUGGCCGCCCGCACCUUCGCGCAGGGCCUGGCCGUCGCCAGGGACGUCGUCAGCAAAGUGUCCGUGGUGAACCCCACGCCGCAGGGAACGCGGGCGCUGCUGAAAAUGAUGUACUGCCCACACUGCCGGGGUCUGGUGUCAGUGAAGCCCUGCUACAACUACUGCUUCAAUGUCAUGAGAGGCUGCUUGGCCAACCAAGGGGACUUGGAUGCCGAGUGGAAUAUCUUUAUGGAUUCAAUGCUGCUGGUAGCAGAGAGGCUGGAGGGACCUUUCAACAUUGAGUCUGUCAUGGACCCCAUUGAUGUGAAAAUUUCAGAUGCAAUCAUGAACAUGCAGGAGAACAGCAUGCAGGUGUCUCAGAAGGUUUUCCAGGGAUGUGGCCAGCCAAAAACACUUGCCCAAGGCCGGACUGCUCGCUCUGUCUCUGAAGGUGGUUUCACUGCUCGUUUCAGACCCUACAACCCAGAGGAGCGACCCACAACAGCUGCUGGCACGAGCCUGGACCGACUGGUUACUGAUGUGAAAGAGAAGCUGAAACAAGCCAAAAAAUUUUGGUCAUCUCUCCCUGGCAACAUUUGCAAUGAUGAAAAGAUGUCUGUAGGCACUGUCAAUGAGAAUGAGUGCUGGAAUGGAAGCGCCAAGAGCAGGUACGACUUUGCAGUGACUGGAAAUGGUUUAGCAAGUCAAGUGAAUAACCCAGAGGUUGAAGUGGACAUUACCAAGCCAGACAUGGUGAUUCGCCGGCAGAUCAUGGCUCUGCGGGUGAUGACCAACAAGCUGAAGAAUGCCUACAGUGGCAACGACGUUGACUUCAUUGACAUAAGUGAGGAGAGCAGCGGGGAGGAGAGCGGCAGCGGCUGCGAGCUCCAGCAGUGCUCCCCCGAGUUCGAGUUCAACGCCACCGAGGUCACCGGCAGCUCCAACAAGAGCGACAAGACCGUGAACACUUCUGCUGCUGCCACCAGAAGUGGUCUAUCACAAGCAGCCUUGCUCCUUAGCCUUUUGUUCUUGGCCAUGCAAAGACAAUGGAGAUAAUUGUGCAGCAUAGGGGGAGGGGAAAAGACUUUUAUUAUCAAAGGUAGAAGGCACCUGCUUUCACUUUUAUACCAUCUAGAGACUUUGCUUUUUAAGUUAAUGGACAACAGUGUACAGUUUUUACUAUGUUGCCACUGGUUUUAAGAUACUGAUUUAUUUUUUUUUCCCUUGCUAUCCUGGGAAUAACAGGAAUGGGAAGUACCAGUCUAUCCUGUUCACCAAGAGUCCAUGUUAGAGGUGGAUAACAAAAAUGUAUAUACAAGCCUGUAGUUAGCUCUGCAUUUGUGUCUUUAUCACUUCUUUUUUUUUUUUUUCUUUUACUGUAUUUCUUACGAAAACAAAAACCCCAGGGUCUUCUCUUGGCCUGUAACAAGUAUGUGUUUCUGAAAUGAGAAAUAUCUGUACAGAAGCAGGUUUUAUUUAUCAUGUUAUCUUAUGAGGAAAAAAUAAUUGCCCAACAAGCAGAAAAUGUUUCAUGUAGUUAACUUCCCAUUUAUCCAUAUUAUGUUAGUUGCCUUAUCUGGAGAGAAGUGGAAGUCAUUUGUCUUUAUUAUGUGGUAAAACAGAAGGUGAAGGC